ACAAGUCGUUGCGAUUGCAAGAGUUCAUGCAGUACUAAACGAAAGGCAAGUGGGAGUCGAGGAUGUCCUUGUAAAGGAAAUAAUGUAGAGUGCACGGCUGAGUGUCGGUGUGGUACGACCAAGAAACCUUGCCAAAAUAGGGUAAGUCUAUUUAAAAAUCUGCAUUAUUAUAACCUCAUUUUUGUUAUACGAAAAUCAUGAAUUUCCAAUGCGGUUUUCGUAUAGGAUACGGCGAAAAACUCUGAAAGAGAGCGAGACGAUCGAGAAAGCCGUGGAACACGUGCGCAAGGCUUUCGGCUAAGCACUACUCAGGGUCAGAAUUCACAGAAUCUGGAAACUGAGGAUGCAUUGAGAGAGAAGGAACACGAUAAUGUAAAGGUUCGUUUGUUUAUGUACCUGUAUACAUAUAUACUGUAGCUAAAUUUUAGAACAAAUAAUUAUAUAGUUUUUACGAGCUUUGUUGUAUGAAAUGUUUUGCUUGCAUAUAGCUGAUGUACAUUGACAUUGUGAAAGGUAGUUUUAGUACUAUUCAAUGUAUUGUCUUUUAGUAAACUUGGUUUACAGUAUAUUGCUAUAAUUCUGUUACCCAAAUAUAUUUGGGGCAAAAAUAUUGCAAUAUAAAAUAUGAACUCCCUCCUACAUAUUUCAGUUGUGCCAACAGGGUCCACUAAAUGUUUUUGGAAUUUAUCAUCUAACCCAUUGAGUCGCAUUGCGCACUGAUUUUUUAUUUUACUCUGUCUAACGCCAGAUGAUUUUACUUGUCAAUGGGAGAGCGCUGGCGCUUAAUGAGUUAACUAGCCUAUCUGCCAUGUGUCUAGUUAACCCAUUGAGUCGCAUUCUUAUAUAACUAUAUAAAUUUUUAAAAUAAUAAAGAAUGGCGGUUACAGUUUAUUCAUAUUGCAUCUCAUUCCCAAGUUAUAGCACUUUUUAUAUUUUAAGUUAUGACAUCACUGGUUGCAUUUGAGAUGGCAGCAAAUAGGAGAAAGUCUAAUGUCUCAGAGGUGCUUUGAUAAAUACCUGGUAAUUUGGGAAUAUGAAUAAAUUGAAAAAGCCAUUCGUCACUAUUUCACUCUGAAGUGAUGGAAUUAAAAAUAGGGGCAAAAUUUAAUUUUAUAAACACUUUAAUCAUUUACAGGAUUUUAUUGGUAGACUGGACGAAUCGUUGGUGCGAAAGCUUGCCAUUCGAUGUUUACGGAGAAGCAUUGGUAGCAUGGACUACAUUGACACGUUAUUAAUUAUGGAAGAUGAUUUGGAUGAGGAUCAGGAUGGUGAUCUUGGUGAGUUUGGCGAAUCGUCAAUGACAGGGGAUGACAACAUUAACCCACCUGAGCAAGGCUCAUGCAGGGAACUUACAGAGGAGUCCACAAAUAAUAGUACACCAGAUUGGUGUGUUUGUAGCAAAUGUAGACCAAUGCCCCAGGAAGUCGAAAACAAGUGCUGCAAAUUAAAAAAAUGCAAAACACUUACUUCACGUUUCACCAAGUUGUGUCUUGAUCCUGAUGUUCUAGAGUUAUGCAUCAGAAAUAGACCGGACAUAAGAAAUGACCGCGAGGACAAUAGCACAAGGGCUUUCCGAAAAGCUGCUUACAGGCAAUUCAUUCUUGCACGCCAUGGUCAUCUGGGUAAGGGGAACAGACGAGUCUGCCGUAUUAAGAAUAAGGGAACGUUUUCCAUCUGUCACUGGAAUUUAUAUGGGAUUUAG